GCCGUUGUCUUCACAUUAAAUUCGUGUCGGUUGGAACAGCAAAUCUCAUCUUCCCCUGCCGGUGGAAUGGAUCGUCCAAUCCAUGACACUAAGAAUCGGCUGAAACCCGCCGAGCUACUGGCAAUGCCGACGAUUCUGUGGUCAUCUGUCCCUAGCCAAUUCCGUUGAAAAGUGCGGAUGGAAAAUCUGGCAGUGUUCUGUCGAGUAGGGAAAGGCAGGGCAACAACGUGCCGGUACGAUCAAACUCACAGCUUCGGGCUGGCGGCCAGGAAAGCCCGUCUGGUGACGUCCAGUUCCAGGUCGCGCAUUUGGCAUCCCGGAAAUAUCACUUUCACCACGAUGUGCGUGCAGUCCUGGCAAGGUUUCGAUUUCGCGUUCAAGUGUUGCAUGACGCGUACGUCAGAGAGAACCAUCAACAUGAGCCUGCUGCUCAGUGCCACACUUGUGAAGGAACGGAAAGCGUUCGGUAGGGGCGACCGUUCUGCUGUGCAAGAGUUCGAAGCACCGCGACGGCGGGGGGUAUGCCCUUAUACCUUUUCAUGCUUUUUGUCAUCGUCGGUCUACUGAUCGACAAGCUUGUCGUACAUCCGCAUGCUUUCAACCGGGGUGCGCAAAGCUUUGGUGUCGGUAUCUCGCCGUUGCAAAUGGUCUGCGUGCUCACUAGGAGGCGCGUGGUAAAGGUUACCUGCUGCACAGUAACACCCCAUCUGUGCUCACCAAAGAAUAUCAAAGGGUACCGUGUUCUAAACUUCCAACCCACCUGGGAGCCCGGGGUUUUGCCCGCCAUUCCGAGAAAAGUGUCCUCGGUCAUGACGCUCUGCUUGUACACAAAGUCGUACCUGAUGCGAACGACACGUUCCGUUCGAGGUCGCCGGGUUAUUCCGGGGAACUUUUGGGGAAGUACCCUUGCGUUAGACUGGCUAAGUUUGUUGUCCAAGGAUCAACAAGUGGUAUCUGUUUGUUGUUGUUCCAGUUUAGGAGGCGGUUGUACACCCUCCGAGUAUGGGUAGCAAGUGGAUAGCCUCUACUCCGUAGUAGCACGAGGAAGGACACGGGCCAGUUUUUAGUGCCGUGGAAGGAGGCAGCGUGCUUCCUCAUGAAUAACAGAAGCGAAGGUGUUCAAAGAUUCUGAAUUGUGUGUGUUUUGCGAGUGUACAUGCGUCUGUGAAGGCCGGUAGUCUAUGACAGUCUUCUUUUACACACGUUCGGUUUAGUGACGUUCUGUUGGUCUGUUAGGAGAACCAUAAGCAGGAUAUGAGGUCUCACUCUGGUUGGGGCCGCUUGUCAUUAGGGUCGAAAAAGGCGUCGUCGUGCUCCUGGGCCUCUU